ACACACGGCAUUCUCGCGUCGAACACCGCCGCGACUGCAGUACCUGCAAGUAGUACUAGUAGUAGUAGUACCAUAGGUGGUGGUGCCUGCUUGAGUCAGUCUUCUUGUUCGGUGUUCGAGAGGAAGCCGGUAUAGGGCUAGCGGACGGUUGGAAUUAGUGACUUAGUGCGAAGAAGGUGCAAAUUUGGUGGAGGACGCAGUUGGUUUGUGAGGCGGUACGACCUUGAACUAAUUUCCGAGUCGAUUGGAGACUCCCGGGGUGAUUUUUCUAUAUAAAUCAGAUAGACCUUUAUAGUACAACGCCAUUUAGAAAGAUUUAUUCAUACCUACAAACACAAUGUUAUACCUCAAAGAAUCCAUAGUUUUCCUGCUGUUGGCAGCGUUGAUAUCGUUCAGUCGCUGUCAAAACGCCAGUUCGGCCUCCCAGGAAGAAUCGGGUGAAAGCUUAGAAGGGGCGGAGAAACAAGGAGCUCCACCUCCAUCCCCCUUGGACGACUGCGACCCUGAGAUGAUAGGGUUUGAACUGAUAACUGGCUAUGUGUUCUCGUCACCCGGAAAUGUCAUAGACUCGAUUCCAGGCACCCUGAUGCUGACGGAUUGCCUCGAAACGUGCCAAGGCAACGAGAGCUGUCAAUCCGUCAACUACGAGACAGGAUUGUGCGUGCUGUUCGGAUCCAAUGCCGACGUACUACCUGGUGCCUUAACCAAAUCCCAAUUUCCGGUGUUCACGAUCUACGCCCAGAAAACAUGCUUGGGCGUGAAGCCUUGUGAAAGAGCUUGGUGCAUAGACAGGGUGCAAAACUAUCGACUCAACGGACACGUCAAAAGUCAACAGGCAGUGGCGUCCAGGCAGGAAUGUCUGGAAUUGUGUUUGGGAGAGACAGAAUUCGCAUGCAGAUCGGCCAGUUUCAGCAACGCUACUGGAAACUGCGAGUUAUCAGCGAUGGACCGUAUCACUUUGGCUGGAAGUAACUCGUUCAUAGCAGCGGACGGUUACGAUUACAUGGAGAAUAACUGCAUCGAGGAACCAACCAAACUGUGCGAAUUCAAGAAACUAUCAGGAAGAAUACUGAAAACGGUGGACUCUGUAUACCAAGACGUAGGGUCGGUUGACGAAUGCAGAGAACUCUGCCUGAGCUCCCCCUACAGAUGCCACUCGUACGACUACGGUGACACUGGCGAGAUGGUGUGCAGAUUGAGCCAUCACGCCCGCGCGACGCUUUCCGACAUACAAGAUCCUUAUUUAGACGUCCCCGAAGCCUCUACCUACGAACUCAGCUCAUGUUACAACGUCAGCAUCGACUGUCGCUCAGGAGACAUGGUUGCCCGCAUCCAAACGAGCCGGCUGUUUGACGGCAAGAUCUACGCCAAAGGCAGUCCGAACUCUUGCGUCAAAGAUGUCAACAACAGUUUGGAGUUCGAGCUGAGCAUGGGUUUCGAUAAUUUGGAAUGUAAUGUGAGGAAGAGUGGAUUGGGAAGAUAUGUUAACGACGUAGUUAUUCAGCAUCACGACAAAAUCGUCACUAGCAGCGAUUUGGGUUUGGCUGUGACCUGUCAAUACGACUUAACGAACAAGAGUGUUACUAACGAAGUUGAUCUGGGAGUGCAUGGAGAUAUAACACCAGCUCUGUCAGAGGAAGUGAUAGUGGACUCGCCUAACGUAGCCAUGCGCAUCACAGAACGCAGCGGUGAAGAGAUGCGUCAAUCGGCCGAAGUAGGAGACCCUCUGGCCCUCAAAUUCGAGAUCCUGGACAAGAACAGUCCCUACGAGAUAUUCGUUCGCGAGUUGGUGGCUAUGGACGGAGUAGACUCCAGCGAAAUCGUUCUUAUCGAUUCUGACGGUUGUCCAACUGAUCAUUUCAUCAUGGGACCGAUAUAUAAGAGCGCAGAGUCAGGCAAGGUACUACUGUCCCACUUCGACGCCUUCAAGUUCCCGUCUUCCGAAGUAGUCCAGUUCAGAGCCCUGGUAACGCCCUGCAUGCCCAGCUGCGAGCCUGUCCAAUGCGACCAGGAAGAAUCCACCGGUGAGCUCCGAUCGGUAGUCUCCUACGGCCGCAGAAGAAGGAGACGUUCCGCUUCCCAAGCCCAAGACGACCUGGUUCUAGUCCAAUCCAUCCAGAUCAGCGACAAAUUCGGCUUUGACAAGGGCUCCAACCAAACGUCCAUCGGCAGCGAAGCGGUGUUCAUCAGCAACGAACCAGGUCUUUGCGUCAAUAUGGCCGGUCUAAUCGGAGCCGCCAUUUUAUUCCUGGUCGUCCAAGUUCUGCUGGUAGCUGUCUGGACCUUCGUCUGGCAGCGCAGAAGACUCAGCGACAAGCUGCGACAAGAUCCCAUGGGGGUGGCGUCGCAGUUGUCGACAUCGCGCACAGAUAGCUUGUGCAAAUUGUACGAGGGAGGGUACACGCACGCGCGUAGGUUUUGAAAUGUCUAGCGCGCGCCAUCUGUACAGAACAGGACUUUAAUAUUUUGUGUUUUUUUUUCAUUCAAAUACGCGCCUAUUCCUUUUACCUGCGCAGUAGUAAUCGAGAAAAACCUCUAGAACGAGGUUUGAGUAUUUUUAUAUUUAUACACGAUGCAAGAAUUUCCUAAGCUUUGAAAAUAGGUUAGUAACAAGACGGUUCUGUGCGUUACAACGAAAUAAAUACGAUUUGCACUAGGGUACGUUUAGUUGAACCAUUUUGUUAUGAACCUAUCUAUAAUAUAACGGGUGGUUUAAAUUACGUACACCAAUCUUUGCCAGGAUAAAAUAACAAUAUAAUACACCUUGUAAUACAUAUAAUUUUGGACAGAAGAGUCUAAAAUUAUGUGUAUUAUAUUAUUAAUAUAGUUGUUCUGUCAGUCGGCACAGCGUUGCUGACUCUUACAUAUUUUCCUUUAAUCAAAAUAUUUUAGGAAACAAAAAUGUUAAGGCUGUUAACGGCUAUUAAGCUGCUGCAGCACCUUGCACACUACAAACUGUUCUAAAAGAACAUUUUUCGACUACAAGCUCUGCUAGUUAAACCAAAAAGGACAUUUUUCUUUAUCAAAUCGAAUCAAAUAUUCAGUAAAUAAUUAUGACAACUUGACAUUUUCUAUAGCAGAGCUACCACCCGAAUAGCCAGCGGCAAAUUUAAAUUCCAGUUAGUCAGCCCGGCGCCGAAUAUGUCCACGGUUGGCAACAAUGAAUUUAAAAAUCGCGCCUUCGAUUAUGUAACUAAAAGUUUGUUUGGUACUUAUAGUAUGGAAAGUUUGGACUCGGUACGUAAUUCAGAACACCCUGUAUAUAUUUUGUAGGUUAUACUAAAUGAAUGUGACCGCGACACACGCUUGCGCGAUAGACUUCGGCAAGAUUUAGCAAGCUUACCCGGAAGGCUGACAAAUUUAAUAAUAGUAAUAAUUAGAAAAAUAAUAAAAAGACACAGUCAAGUCACUCGGGUAAGUUAGAAGUCAUCGACGCGACCAACUUAUUGUUAUUAAUAUCAUUUAAUAUUAUUAUUUAAUUAUUACAAUUAUUAUUUACUAUUUAUAAUUUUUAUGUCGCUUUAACAUUACCUAUUAUUAUUAUUAGUGUAGGAGAAGAGAAAAGGAAAAAUAUUAUUUUCUUUUUUGCCAUUAUUUCUUUAAUAAAUAUAUACACAAGCAGUCUAAGAUCGAAUUAUUACGUAAUUUUACUUCGUUCACACUGUAUAUUUUUGUUUGUGGAAUCCUAACUUUAUAUAUUUAA